AUGUCAUACGCAAUCUGUCUACUUGGGUUCUUUUCUCUUCCUGGAACUCCCUUUAAAUGCUAUUCUCUUUUUUUGACUGAUUAUGAUAUAAAAUUGGCACGAAAGAGGAUGCGGAUAAAUGGUACCGAUGAUGGCCUUAAUCUAACAGGCUUCUUAGAUAAGGAAAUUUGGUUGAAAAUGUUAAAAUCCUGGCAUUUCUGGGUUUUCGCAGUGGGCAACAUUGGUGGAUUUAACUCCUCUAAUUCUUCAUCUGGAUCUUUUGCUCUAUGGCUUAAAUCUUUGAAUAGGUACUCAGUCGAAGAGCUCAAUAAUUUAACUGCUAUUCCUCCUGCCUUAGGUAUUAUAUGGCUUAUCAUAACAACCUUUGGUGCGGAUUUUUCAAGGAAGCGUUUUCUUAUGAUUAUUUUUGCUCAAUUGAUGAAUUUCAUUGGUAAUGUGAUUUUGACAAUAUGGGACGUAAACGAGAAAGCAAAAUGGUUUGCUUUUUACUUUAGUUAUUGGGCUUGGUCGCAAAGUUCUGUGUUUUAUCCUUUAAUGAAUGAUAUUUUAAGGAACGAUGUGAACUUGAGAUCCAUAGAGUGGGUCAUUUCAUAUAUCAUCGGUCUUCAGUCUUAUACUUGGAUUUCUGCAAUAGUCUGGCAAACCGAAGAAGCUCCCAGUUUUCGCAAAGGUUUUACAACAGCAGCAGUCAUGGGUAUCGUCCAAGCUGUCUCAAUGCUCAUUGGAUUAUACUUUUACAAGAAAGAUGAGAAACAGAAAUCACUAGCUGAAGGAACUGAAGUCUAUAACUCCAUGAGUGAGUAUGAAACAGAUAUUAAUUACGAAAAUGUAGAAAGUUCAGAAAAAGGUGUUGAUUCAAAGGCUGUCACUGAAUCUUAG